GAAAGGCAGGAGUAAGGCGUGCGUUGCGAUUCUCCGGGAACUUCCGACACUAUUUCGCCUCGGCAACACUUUCCAAGCCCUGCAGCCAGUGCAAGAGAGGCAGCUCCAGCAGAUAACAUCCCUUCUGCAGCAGAGGCGCAUCACUGCUCCUCCGACAACACACCAUGAUGAGAUUUAUGACCCAAAGACCAACAUGAAGAUUGUUUACAAGGUUGUUUACCCAGAGGACAUUGUACACCUAAAUGAUGACGACGAUGACAACGAUGAUAUCAUAUGGGAAGACAGCCUAGAUGACAGCCACUCUGAGAAACGCCGUGGCCGGAAGCCCAAAGAUUGGCGGAAGGCCAAAUUGGUGGAUGAGGGGGAUGAUGUGGAUGUAGAAAUCCUAGAGGAGAGAGAAGGUCGGAAGAACCACAUUUCACGCACAAGAUCAGGUCGCAUCUCACGGCCUCCAAGGCACAUGAUGAAGGACUUCAAGCACCUCCACCCUAUCAACUUCAAUGACGACGACAAAGACAAAGAUGCACCUAGCAUCGGCUACUCAGAUUACAAUGUCCAGAACCAAGUGGAGAGUGAGGAGAAGCCCAUAGAGCCAGUGAUAUUUGAACUGCCUCCACGAAAGAAGCGAGAGGUGCCUCCGCUGACGCGUCUUCGUUACACGUGCCUUACCUGUGGGAAGCUGUACAUGGGGCGGAUAGAGGCCCAUUACCGCAAGUUCCCCGAUCACCGCCGUGAGCGCCCUCUUGCCACCAGUGAGAUUCAGCAGUCCUACUCUACCAUCAAGGCCCUCUCAGACACUGCCAAACCCAGUGCCGAGGAGGGGGGUGAAGUUAAUAAAUCGGUGCUAAGCCCCACACCUGGUACACAGGCUUCAGAGACCAGUGGCGAGCCCAGUCUCCCCAUGGAAACCCUCACUACCAGGCCCCUAGAAACAGACACCAGCCACCAUAUCAAGAAUGAGCCCAGUUCGGAGGUGCCGGAAUUCUUGCCAACACCUGAAGUCCUUCCCGUGAAGCCAGUGCGAGGCAGGGGCAGGGGACGCAGAGGACGCCGUGGUAGAGGCAGAGGAGGAAGGUUUGGUUCUCUUGGAAAGCCUCCUUCUUCGUCCACCAAGCCACCACCUGCUCCACCACCUUCAGCAAUCUCCAUGUUGGAGAAGAUUUUGGGAGGUUACAGUGGAGAGGAGAUCCUUCAAGCUGUGGGCAGGAGGCUGCUGGAGACUCUGAGUCCAUGGCAGCUGCUUUGCUUCCAGGCCAAGAGGUUGGAGGAAGAGGGAGAGCUCCAGUCAUGGCAGGGGCGAGUGCAGUAUCUGGAACAGCUCCUACAGGAAUGUAAGGAUGAGUUCAAUAGGGAGCUGCAGCCCUUCUCUGACCCAGUGACUGAGGGGCGAUUGUUGGCAAAGCCCCUUGCCCUGACCUCUGCCCCAGAGGUCCUGAAAUACUCAGACUCCAAAACAGACAAGAAAGUGGGCAUAAAACUGAGUCAGGAGACAGAAAAUGGAGGUCUGCAGACUGUACAGGGAGAGGGAGUGAUGGACAGCAUUAGUUUUGAGAAUGCAGGAACUCAAGAAACAAGUGCAGAUAUGGAUAAUUUAAAGAUAACAGAAAUCCUUGCCAAUGCUUUGGGUGUGGCCACUGGAUUCUACAAACUUCGUGAACAAAAUUCCUCCUCCAAAGAGGCCUCAGAGUUUGACCCCAGUCCAGAUUUAGGGGAGAAGGGAAAUAUGACAGAGCAGGCACAGCAGGGAAUGAAGCACAAGAUGGAGAGGGAUGACAUGACUGCCCUUUCUCCCAUGAAGAGAAUGCGAAUGGAUGUCACUGAGUCUGAGGAUGGGAACAAGAAUGUGGCUGCAUCUACCAUGGAGAGCAGCUGUGAGGAGGACAGGCAGCAGAUGGAAGCUUGCAUGAGGAAUUCUGAGGAGAACCAUAAUGAUGGAAGCAUGGAUAAACCUUUGGACAGUUCAGAUCAACAUUUGCCCUUGUCCCCAUAUACCAUAACUCCCCAGAUCUCACCCAUGUCUAGUCUCACCUCAACUUCUGCUGUUCUCCAAACAUCCUUGCCUUCAGCUUCAUCUACCAUAAACACAUCCGCUGGAUCCACAACACUGUCUACAGCCCUCACAGCUUCAAGUUUCAACCUUCCACUAAACAGUGAAAGUGGUUCUGUGAACAGAACACCACUCACAGAAAAUCAGACAGUUCCCUGUGUCUCAGUGCACACAUCAGCAAUGACCAGUACCACUGCAAGCUUGCCCAUUGAAGUUGCUAGUUUUACCAGUCAAAGCAACAGCUCAGUGCCAGCUAUUUCUUCUUGCAUGCAGAUGCCCACCAUGGAAACCUCCCUUGUCACCACAUCGGCACUGCCUCAAGAGACUCCUAUGCAGCAGAUGCCCAUGGGCGACCUUGACAUCACAGCUGAUGACCUUCCCCGCCUGCUCAGUGAGGGCACAGGACUGGUCGUGGGUGCAGGGAGUGAUGGAACGGAUGCCUGUGAUGCACCAAAACUGCUUGACACUUCAGGAGAUACUACUGACCUGAGUGAGAUGCUUUUCAAGCUGCAGGAGGUGACUGCAAGUAUUGGGCAGACCCAAGACCCGAACCUAGAGCAGCCAGUGUACCAGGGGCCCAUUAUGGCCACUAAUCACCAGCUCAAUGGGGACGGCACACAGAUGAUGACUUCACAGAGCAUGAGUGCACAGAGUGACAUUACCCUGACUACCCAAGGCUUCAACCCCAUGGCCCAGCCCAUGAUCACGUACUCCACCUCAGGCUCCUCCCAGCCCAGCACUCAGCCCUCCAUGCCCCUCCUCACUUUCUCUGGGGCCCUGGAAUCGGAAACCGACUUCCAAAGCACUGCCUCCUCAGACAUUAGCCAGCCCAUCAGCAGCAGUGCCCCAGAGUGUGUGGCAAAGCAACCACAGAGGGAUGGCAACAGUCAGGACGUUAGCAUCACGCAGCCCGAGAUUAGCCUGGGGGAUGACCGAGAGAGGAUGGGCCUUGGGUUCACAGUGUCAGAGUUCGAGGAACUUCUGAAGAGAUAGUGCACAUAGAGUAUUCAGGAGAACACACAAUGUUGGCUUUAAUAAGUAAAUAAAAACCUGUAGUAAUUAAUGAACUUCUAGUGUUUUGAAAAGGGAAGAAAUAAAAAUCAUUUUACCAUAUAUAAAUAGUGUGCCCAAGCAGUAUCACAAAGAUUUCAUUGUUAAUAUGUGUAUAUGUGAAUGCAUUAAGAAUAUGCUUUGCCAAAUAUUACUGUACAUUUUAGAUACAAAACUUGUGAACAACAGAUAUAUUCCUUCAUAUUGCUGAGUAUAUUUUGGUUGUCUGAGUGUAUCAUUAACAUCUAUCUUCCUUGUGUCAAAUCCUUUCAGAUAUAUAUUUAUAGCUUCUAAAUGUUCCAUUAUUUAUUGUCAUUCAUCUCUGACCAGGAAGUUUAUUUCACAUUUUGACCACAACAUUCAUUUAAUUGAACAAAAAAAAAAACUUUAAAAAAAGUAAAAAUAUAUAUAUAAAAUAAAUAUAUACGUGUCAAAUCGUUUCCAACUCUUUUUUGCAUUGUAAUAUAGAUACAAAUAUUAUGAUACUCCACAUUCCACUUCCACUGAUCAUUUUCAUAUGUAAGUGUAUUGUUUAACUCCUUGCAUUUCUACCGCUGUUCCCCAAGUAGUGUGCAGGAGUUACUGUUCAAUGGUUCUUAGGCUGGAUUUCAAGAACAAGGUAAAAUUCUGAAAUUUUUGGAUAGCUGUAAGAAAGAAGUACUCAUGUGAUGUAAAAAAAAAAAAAAAAAAAAAAAAAAAAAAAAGACAUUAUGAUUAAGAUGUAUGUUUAAAGCCUUGUUCUCUCAAGAUGUGUAACGAAUGAAUAGUGCAGAAUGAGAUUUCGGACUUGUAGAAUUCAUACAGACGUUUAAAUUUCUUUGUAACCUUUAGUACCCAAAGCAUUGAUAAGAUAAUGUAUACAACUAUUUCAUUGCAAAGUAUGAAGUUAAAUGAAAGAAAAUGCUAAUAACUGAUUAUGAUAAUGCACUCCUGUAACACACACCCUUUCCCCAAUUUCUAGUUCAUAUAGGUUGUAAUCAAACAGUACUAGAUAUUUGUCUCCAAAGGUAUUGGAGUAGCCCUUAUGGCUCGGAAGCCCCUCCCCCCAUGCGGAAUGAUAAUAAAUAAGAAAUUGGGAAUUAGGAUCUUGGAUGUUAUGCUUAAUGUAGAAUCAACCAAAACACUUGUCCAAGUUGCUGAAUAGAGAUUUGCCCCCUAACUGAAACUGUUUUAAGUAUUUAGAUUAAUUUUUAAUGGUGAAAAAACAUUGAAAAUGUUCAAAAAAAAAAAAAAAAAAAUCUAUAUGUCCCAGUAGGUGGAAGUGUUUGGUUUUUGUUGUAAAGAUGUCAAGAUUUGUGAGAGAAAGGGCGUUCAAUCAGUCACAAAAGUAUGUGCAAAGAUGUAUUUAGGGAAUUCAGUGCACAAAACUUCUUAAACCAGAUAGCCAGGUAUUCUAACCUUUAUUGAAAGAAUAUAUGUUGUUUUACGUAUUGUUUAGUUUAGUUUAUAAACCUGGAGCGGAUCCAUGAAAGAAAGCUUUUGAAACCCAGGUUAUACUUCUAUAAAUGACAAAAAAUCGAGUGAGAACAAUCUAAGGUUUGUGUCUUUUAAAUAUUGUUUACUUUUUAAUGUGAGAAAAGUCUGUUUCAUGAGCAUGAAGUUGAGGUAACAAUUAUUGAUCUGUAUUUAUGACCAUAUUAUGCAAGACAUUGAAAGAGAGAUGAAAAACAUGUGUAAAAAAUACAUCAUGUUUGUAAAGUACACAGUUGUUAAAGAGCAACAAAAACACAUUAGAAAGAAAACUGAGGUUACAGCAAAUAGGAGAAAGAAAGAAAGGGAGUGAGAGAAAUUAUUCAUUAUGUUCCUUUGUUGGCCUCUUGGUGAAUGAAUGCCACAUGGAAGGAUUUGUGCGAUUUCUGUUAUUUAGGAAAUGUCUGCCUGUAUAAAAAUAAAGAGAGAGAGAAAA